GAUGCUAGGCUAACUGUCGUUAGCCACCGGGAGCGGACAUGUUGUGCCGACCCAUCCUUGAAUAAACGUCGCUUUUUAGCCGGGAAUCGGGAGUUAGGAGGAAGACUCGGAAGCUUCGGGCAAACAUGGAUGCCGUCAACGCCUUUAACCACGAGUUAUUCUCGUUGAUAGACUCCAAGCCCCCAAUCUCUCGGGCAAAGAUGAUCUCCAUCACCAAAUCGGCCAUCAAAGCUAUGAAACUCUACAAACAUGUGGUCCAGAUUGUGGAGAAGUUUAUCAAAAAGUGUAAGUCUGAGUACAAGAUAGCGGGCCUGUAUGUGGUGGAUUCCAUUGUUCGGCAGUCCAGACACCAGUUUGGAUCAGACAAGGACGUGUUUGGCCCAAGGUUCACCAAAAAUAUUACAGGAACCUUUGAGAACCUCUGCCUUUGCCCAGUGGAGGACAGGAGUAAGAUCGUGCGGGUGUUGAACUUGUGGCAGAAGAAUGGUGUGUUCAAGAUUGAGGUUAUUCAGCCCCUCCUGGACAUGGCAGCUGGCUCUAGCAGUGCUGCUGCACCCUACACAGGCUCAGAUGAUCCAGGUUCUUCCCCACCUUCAGCCAAAGAGCCAGUUACUGGGGUAAUGGAAAAUUCCACCAUUACAUCCACUGCUCAGCUGCAAAACUCUGAUGCCUUUGCUGCUGUGGCGCAGCUCUUCCAGUCCCAGCAGGGUCAGCAGCUUCAACAGAUGCUCCAGAACUUCCAGCAGCAGCCUGAGAAGCCUGACACCAAUACUCAGCCUCCAGUCCAUACCAGUCAAACACAGGCCCAAAACGUUACCACGGGCCUGGCCAUAGUCGACCCGCAACCGCCUCUUCUCACCCAAGCUGCCCAAGCUGCCCAAGCUGCCCAAGCCGCCCAAGCCGCCCAAGCCGCCCAGCAGAAGACAGCCUUUGACAAGGUGGAAAAACUGCUGGACCGUUUUGACUAUGAUGAUGAACCAGAAGUUGGAGAAGAAACAAAGAAGGAUGAAUCACAUGCCUCUUUUAUGCAGCAGCAGCCUCCAGCCUUCCAACAGCACUUUAAACCGCCGAUGAUUAACAUGUUGCAAGACCUCUCACAACAGGUCCCUCUGCCUCCUAAUGGCCAGCUCCAAGCCUAUGGUUUACAGCCAGGACAAAGCUUCCCAGUUAUGAUGCCUCCUUUGGGCCAUGCUUUGCCAGGGCAGCCCCUCCCUGGUUCUACUGGGCCUCCAGGCUUCCCAGGGCUAUACCCUCCCCACAAUGCGGCCCAGCAACAACAGGAUUUGUCAAUUGAUAUGGACCAUUCAUCGACAAGGGAUGGCAGACAUGGCCGACGAUCACACUCAGGCUCCAGGUCUCCAAAGCGGAGGAGGUCACGAUCUAAUUCCCGCACACGACGAUCCAGGCACAGGCGAUCCCGCUCCCGCUCCAGAGACCGGCGUCACCAUUCCCCACGUGCUCGCUCGCUGGAGCGCAGGGAGAGAGAGAAGGAGAGAGAGCGGCGACAGAAAGGCCUUCCAGCACCCAAGAUCGAGACAUUAAGCAUUUGCAGUACAACUCUCUGGGUGGGCCAGUUGGACAAGAGAACACAACAGCAAGAUGUUGCCUCUUUACUGGAAGAGUUUGGGCAGAUAGAUUCCAUCAAUAUGAUCCCUCCACGUGGCUGUGCCUAUAUUGUCAUGAUACAUAGGCAAGAUGCCUUCAAGGCUCUGCAGAAGCUUAGUCGAGGAUCUCACAAAGUGAAUCAGAAAUCUAUCAAGAUUGCUUGGGCUUUAAACAAGGGCAUAAAGGCUGAGUUUAAACAGUACUGGAAUGUGGAGCUCGGUGUCACCUACAUACCUUGGUCUAAAAUCAGAGAGGCUCAGUUGGAGGAGCUCAAAGAAGGAGGCGUCCUGGAUGUAGACACCUUAUCACCAGAGUGGAGUGGAGUGCAGAAGACUCUUGGCCUCCAGGAGGAACUCACCCACAACGGCCGUUCAGAGCUACAGCAGCCAGAGGAAACACAAGUGUUACCUCUGGUUGCUGUAGCUGCUCCUCCUGCACAGGUUCCUCCAAUGCAGCCGCCAAUGGUUGGUGUGGGUUCUCUCCAGCCUCCGGGUUUUCCUGGUCCUAUGGGCAUGCCUCCGCCUUCCUUCCCCCCAGGCAUCCCCCCUCCUCCUUUCAUCAGACCUGGCUUCAACCCCAUGCAGAUGCCUCCAGGUUUCCCUCCCCCAGGUGCCAUGCCUCUUGGGCCACCACCUCUUUCCAAAGGGGGAGUGGAAGACUCGCCGAAUGACGAUAUCCUGGAGGGUCCCAGCAUCUUCAACAACCAGAUGGGACUUAUGGGUAACCAGCUAGUAAGACCUCCAGGUUCCCUCCCCGGUGCUCCUCCUGGAAACAUCCAACCCCCUCCUUGUGGUCUGCUUGGCGCCCGGCCCGGUAUAAUCCCACUCCAGCGUCCUCCGGUUCCCCCCCCAACACACAUGCAGCGUUUCCCUCCACCCCUCGGGCCACGACCCCCUCACCCCAACAUGCCACCUAUGCUCCCGCAGAUGAUUGCUAGAGCCCCACACCCUCAAAUGAUGCACCAUGACCCCACUCCACUUAAAGGAGGCUUUGGAAUGAUAUCUCCCCACAAUAUGAGGGCUCCUUUCCCUCCGCAUGGGCAGGGUCCUCCUCCUCAAGGUCCUCCUCCUUUUAUCAGACCAGGGGGGCCUCGUGGCCUGGAAGGGCCGGAAGAAAUGGAUGGCAGACAAUUCAGGGGAGACAGGCCUGGAUUCAGGGACAGAGAGCCGGACUGGGAUCGAGACAGGGAUAGAGAGAGGGACCGAGGUUUUGGAGGUGGAAGGCGUCCAUUUGGUGAUGGAGGGAGGGGUGGAGGUGGAGAUAGAAUGGAUGGGAGGGACCGACUCGGAGGCUGGCAAGAAGAUGGAGCAGGUCACCGUGGAGGAGGAUGGGAGAGAGACAGAGAUCGGGACCGAGAUCGGGAGAGAGAUCAGGUUAGAGACAGGCGGGACUGGAAGGAAAGGCGAAACAGCCUGGAUAGUGACAGGGAGCGAGGGAGGAGUGAUGAUGGGGAUAGGGAUCGAGGAAGAGGUGAGGGAGGAGAAAGGGGAAAGGUAGAAGGAGGGAGUCGAGAAAGAGGGAAAGGAGCUGAAGGAAAAGAAGGGGACAGGCCAAGGCGGUCAGACAGGCGAGAGAGGACCACGCGUUGGGACAGGGAUGAUCGAUUGGCUGAACUGGAAACCAUUGAAACAUUUCGGACCCCUAACGCAACAGAGGAAACUCCUGUGACUCCUGUUGUAACAACUAUGGAAACCAGUAAAGAACCAAGUGUGGAAGCUUCUGAAAAGAAGGCAGAUUCUGAACUUUUAGCUCCGUCUCCAGAGGUAACAACUGCUGCAGGAGAGCAGAUGCCCUCGGUGCCCUCACCCUCAGCUCAAAGUGAGCCCACAGAAACAACACAGGAAGCUGCAGCAUAGACUGGCUCACUGCUCCUUCAGUCAGAGACUGCUGUGAACCACUGAAUUCAUUUUUUAUUUUUUUUAAAGGUGUUUUUCACAAUGAUAGUCAGCCUCAACUCUUGGCAUAAUAAUUCUAGCGCGUCACAGUUUGCCAGUUGGUAAUUGACCGUUUGACCGUAACAACAAACAUCUCCCACACGUGUGUCAAAUGUGUAAAAUGGUUGUUUUCAGACUGACUGGCUUAUUGUCAAAUGUGGCUUUACGUCUGCUUCUGGAACCACAUUACCACAUACAAAUCUGUUUGGUAAAAAUUACUGUAGUUAAAUAUUGGCUGUCAACUGUUUUUCCCCCCUGUAAGAUGAAAGAAUGAACGGAGUGCUUGCAUGUUAUCAUGGCUCUGUCCAUUUUAGGUUAAUUUGAGCGUAGCUUUUUAUGUUUUUACUCAAGUUGGUUUGCAGACGGAGGAAACAUAACUUCUAUGACACACAUUAAUUGUUUACUUCAUUGCCUUAUCUGUGUGAUAGCAGGCACUCACUCCUCAAAAAAUACUUUUUAAAAAAUCUGCCAAAAUGUCAUGUCAAACACUGAAUAUCUUCUUCUCAAACAACUGUUAUGAUAAUACAAGCACCAUUUACUUUC